AUGUCUGCCCAAAUGGACGCAUCGCUAACGAUGGAGCACACCACUGCAUCUAACUGGCUGGCACAUGCCGCCCACACAAUUGUCCUGUCUGUCAACAACAAGACCGACCAAGACCUGCCCCUACCUGCGAUGCCUAUCCAGCUUCACCGGAGAAACCGCACUUACCAUGCAGAGGGUAUCUUCUCACGCCUGCCACCCACCCCAGACACCAGAGUCACCAACAUCGGUCGUCUUGCACUGCCUGGCGCCUGCCUACCUGCCUAG